AAAAGAAAUAUAUGUAGAGAGAGAAAGAAACCAGAGUCAUGAAUAGCAAGAAUUCAUCAUCUUCUUCUUCCUUUACUACUGAUCUAUUCGGUUCAAUAAAUCCCUCUGCUUCUUCAUCUUCAGGGAUUUUUGAUGCAAUUUUCGCCCCUUCUUCUUCAAAGGUUCUUGGAAGGGAUUUCCCGUUGUCGGGUAAAACAGAACAGAAAGAAGGAAAACUUACCGGAAAAACCGACAGUGAUUCAGACAUAACUGGAGAGAAGAUUAAUGUGCCUUUAAAUGAAGAUAGGACUCCUCUUUAUGGUGAAGAAGGGCAUCCAUGCCAUUACAGUUCAUCCAUUUAUUAUGGAGGACCAGAUCUCUAUUCAAACCCUAAAAAUAACCAGUCUUCUUCUGUUUACUCCUCCUCAACCUUCUGUAAGAAGGAAGGAGAAGAUGAUUCCAACAGUGUUUCCAGAGGCAAUUGGUGGCAAGGUUCUCUUUAUUACUAAGAUAAUGAAUGACACCUAAGCUGACUAGGAAGUAAAAAUAGGUUGGAAAGAUAUAUAUAUAUAUAUAGAUGAUGGUUGUCAUAAUGGAGAAAGGGACUCAAUAAAGAUGGACAACUUUUGAAGCUUUGUUUUUUUUUAUUGCAAACUGUGUUGAAAAGUGGAUGAUGUAAUAUUUUCGCAUUUUAAUAGAAGCAUAAAGAC